AUGGACCAAAUGGAUGCACAAGCUCUGCUGUCCCUGCUGCUUUGGACCUAUCUAUCGGAGGCCGGAGCCAGUCUAGUGGAUCAGAAACUCAAUCUGAAUGUGGUGCCAAAGACGCGUGUGGUUCGUCUGGUCGCCGAAAGCUUCAACUAUGCCCGCCUCGAUAGACAGAAGGCAAAGCUGAAGAAGCGUAUUAAGGAGCACUAUCCGUCGGCCCACUUCAAUCGAAUGAGUCAGCCCCUGAAGGUGAAUCUCCUGCCCUGUUCCCUGCUAAUUUUACUCAUGUUUUCCCCCUGCGCCACCUCUGCGUUCGGCAGGGGGCACGGACCCCCAAUCCCCAAAUGGGAAUGGCCAGACAGACGUUACCAGUUUGGCCAGCAGCGAGGAGGAGCUACCCACCACGAGUACCAAGAAUAUAUCCCACAGAUCGGAGAAUAA